AUGUCAACUCGACCCGACUCCGCGGCUUUGCGACCGCCACGAUCCCGUCGGUCUAUCGCUCAUGUUCCGCGGUCUAGGAUGACGUCUGGUUUGGACAAGGAGAAUGCGACAACUGAGAUUGGCGCAGCCCAGCCAUUUUUAAAUAAUUCAAAGCCUUCUAUGAAAGAUAAGAAAUCUCGGAGCAAGAGCUUGGGGCCCGGUGGACUCGAUGCCCUGCAGAAUUCAAACGGCAAUCGUCGCCAGUCUACGGCCUCCUUUCCGCUAAAGUCUAUUCUCAAACCUACAGUCCCUGUCUCUCCAGUGCGAAACAUCCCAUCAUUCGAGGAAACCCGCCGACGUACACCAGCUCGUAGUAAACAGCAGACCCAUGACGGCACGAUGGAUGGACAGAACCAAAGUGACCGAGGGAAAGCGGGUCUAUUGAUUGACUUUGAAACGACCCCAGGGCCUCCCACGACAGAUAAUGACAAUGACGACACGGCGAAUCCCUUCGAUACAUUCAAUGCGACUUCCGCCAUUCGCGAGGAGAUGGCUGCUACCAAGGAGCGCGACGAACAGGAGCGCAAAGAUCGUGAACGACAGAAUAUUCUUGAGAAACGAGCGGCGCGGAGGAAAUCAAUGGCAAAUCGCCGAGUAUCUUUUGCCCCCGAGGCAACCCUGCACACCUGGAAUGUGGUGGAGAUUCCGGACGACUCAACCUCCUCCUCUGCCGCGAACUCAACGAGACGUGCAUCUGCUGCCCCAAACUCCCAGAACCAACCUGGGUCCAUCUCGCCCACGAAAGAUGCUCCAUCUUCGCCAGCAGAGUCGGAAUUCGGAUUCUCCCCCGUUCGUACACAAGAUCUGGACCAGAUAAGAGGUCGCUCAUCAUCUGGGGGUGGCGAUGAUGGCGGCCAGGAUUUAUCUUCUAGUCCGUUCAGCGGAAGCUCAGAAGGAAGCGAAGACACCGGCGCCCAAAGCCUGGCCGGAGAAGAGGACGAUGGCGGUUCUUCAGACUCCGACGAUGGAUUUGACGCUGAGAGUACAGCGAUGAGCAUGGAUGACAUGACCGCGCGCUCGGGCAUGAGUGUCCAAUCAGACGCAAGUUCUAGCUCAAGCUCGAGUGCCAGACUCAACGAAGCACUGCGCCAGGCCGCACAGGAAGCAGGAACCGAAAUUGAUGAGGACGGAGAGAUGUCCAUGGAAAUUGCGGAUCAAGAAAUAACCGGUGCUUUCCAGCCGUGGAUCAAAAAGGGCCAAAGGCAAAGCUUUGACUGGGGAGAUAUUAGCGCGCGACAUGAUGAGGAGAACCUCGAUCCAUCCAAGAAUGCCACUACUCAAGGUUUAGCUGAAUCAGAUGAUAUCGACGAAGACGAAGACCUCAGCAUGGAUGUGACGAAUGCCGUCGGACGCAUUCUUGGCAAGUCUUCCGACAGUCGCCAGAGCAUGGCUCGUCGCCAAUCCGUGGCAGAAGAAUCCAAUUACGGAGAUCAAACUAUGGAGAUGACGAAUGUCGUCGGUGGCAUUGCGCAGGAGGAUUCGCCAUCAAAGUUUUCUGAGAUUGGUAACGAGGAUGAAGGAAUGACAAUGGAAUUCACUUCGGCCGUUGGCAAAAUCUUGGGCAACCAGCCUACUUCUUCCUCCAAAUCUGAUCAGAUGAACUUCGACCAAGACAAUGAGUCCGACGAUGGUAUGGACAUGGAGAUAACUGGUGCCAUUGGUGGUAUCCUACAGUCCGGGAUUGAAGCCAAUGACAAAGUGCACGCGAAGAUGGUAAUGGAGCUCGAAACCGACUCGGGUCAGCUGGCUAGCUCGCCUUUCCAAGACAAUGUUCGGCAGUCUCCUGCCAAGUCCCCUGCCAAAUCACCUCUGCGUUAUCAAAUUGCUGCUGUUGCAUCUGAGAAUGGGAGCCCCAGUUUGGCAACCGUGCGGGCUAGGCCUUCUCGGCGUAGCUCCACUCCAGGAUCGUCGGGCACGCCAGGUCCACCCCCCCAAGUGAAACCUACAACCCCAAGCAAGACACCUCCCUCUAGCAAUGUUACUUUUAGAAGUGCUUCACCAAAGAAGCUCUUCCAGCCCGAGCUGCAGCAAUCGGCAGAUAAGCGCAAAUCUUUACGCCAAAGUCUCUUCCAGCAUAACAUAGCAACGGGAGAGUCCACCCCGCUCUUUAAAUUGCAUCCCCGUGAGGGCCGUCGCUCUUCUGGUCUAGGGAUUGACAAAGAAGGUCUUGGAUCUCCUCGCGUGGCGGCCUUGCUUGACAAGCGCCAGUCGCUUGGAGAUGUUACCCCCAAGUUCGUUCCGCAAGAACCGCCCCGAUCCGGUGUACGCUUCGAGGACCCUCUGCAGAUGCAGGCUGAGGAAGAACGUGAUCGCGAAGAAGAGGAACUCCGAGAGGAUGGCCAUAUCACGGGUUCGCAGUCAGAUCGGGACGUAACCCCAAGCUUGAAGGAUAUGAUUGCAAAUCUCAGCCCGAAGAAGACUAAGAUCGGCGGCCGUAAGAGUCUCCAUGUUGGAGCUGCUCGCGGGGUUUUGGGAAAGCGCCCGGUCGAGCUAGACUUGGAUGAAGACGAAGUGGAAAAUUCGCCCAAGCGACUGCGUGGCCACGAUGUCAGCCCAGUCAAAGGUGUCAAGUUGCCGGCACCGAUGUUUAGGGGAGACAAUGUCCGUCGGUCAAUUCUUUCUCCCGUCCGUAGAGCUGCUAGCUCAUCGCCUCCUAAGGGCAGCAUCACGUCUUCCCAGCAAUCCCGGAGUACUUCCCAGACUUCGACAACUCCUCUUAAGAAUGGGAUUGAUGCUCUUCACAUUGCUUCUGAUCCUCAACGGCCAGAAGAAGAAGAAAAUGCCCCUGUCGAAGAACCUGCUGUUGAAAUUGAGCCUAUUCAGUUGCAAGACUUCCUUAAAAUGACCAAUAUUCAUUUCAUGGAGCUUACUACGACAAAGAGACGGCACACAACUGCCCCUGGCAGUGCCACUAAGAAACUGACACGACUCUCUGGCGUGAACAUGCCUAAACCAGGCUCCAUAACGUUUGGUGAUUGUGUGGCAGCUGGCUUUUGUACAGUGCCAAUGCUUGAACUGUACCAGCAUUCAUGCCGGGAGUUGAAAUCCUAUAUCUCUGAGGGUCGGCAAGUGAUCCGCUCUAUUGAGGCAGAAACAUAUGCCGAGAAUCCGGCUCUCUUCAAAGAGUAUGUCACCGCUCCGCCGGAUAUCAGAGUGAUCAUGGACAAUCAAUUCCGAAACGUCAAGACCCAUGCCCGUCUGCUGAGUAAGGCUACAUGGUACGAAUGGCGAAUGAAGUUGCUUGAGGGCUUGAAGGAAGGGCUCCUCCGUCACGUGGAGGAAAUGAAAGCAGACGACGAUCUGCUAUCUGAACGAGAAGAGUUGCUCAAUAGGAACGUGCCGCUACUCGUGGAGAAGCAUGCCUCUCUCGAGCAAGAGGCAACCAACCUACAACAGUUCGUGGAUGAGAUGGAGAACUGUGAUCAAGAUGAGCUACGCAGUACGCGCGGCAAGCUGUCUGAGGUGGACUCGGAAAUUGCAGCAAAGAGACGGGAACUUGAGCAGCUGCAGGAGGAAGUCAAGGAGAAGACGACUUUCAUUGAGGCUGGAGCAGAAAUGCGGGAUGAAUUCCUGGCUCAAAUCCAAGAGGCGGAGCGUGUGAAAGAAGAGUGCCGUGGCUGGAGUGCCCGGGAGAUCAACGAGUUGAAGGCCUCCGUCCAACGAAUUCAGCAACAAACAGGCUGGUCGAUCGUUUCGGCCUCAACUCCUUCAGAUGCAUCGAAGGGACCUUUAUUGAAGAUGGCCUACCGGGACCAGCUCCAACUAGAGUUCUAUCCUGGAGCUUUUGCCUCCAAAAACAGUGCCCAAGACGAGGGAAAGAACUACCCGAUGGAAUUGACUUCCCGAAAGAAUGCCAACGUUUCUCCCAUUGCGUCCUUGGUCCUCCACUCGCUACAGCACCAUCUGACUACGAUCCAGCAGUCCACUGUUGUCCCCAAACAGCUCUUGCGCUUCAUCUCUAGCGCAUGGGACCGCACAGUUGGGCUGGAAAAUGAAGCACGCAUGCUGGAAUUCUGUGGUGUCACUCGGCUCACCUUAUCCAAGCCUGAUGAGGGCUCUCUUUCUCUACGCACACGCUGCACGCUCCUCGGCAACUCCACCGUCUCCACAUCUGGUAGUAAAGGCGUUGAUUCAAAGAACAACAAUGCCAAAAGAAUCGAUGUUGACUUCACAGUCCGUACCCGCAUUGAUAAAGCCAAUGCAGAGAACACCAUCGGUUCCUUGGACUUUGAUAUUGACGUUCUGGCGACGAAGGUCUAUGGUUUUGGAACAGGCAGCAAGUCUGGUCUUCCAGACAAGGAGUUGCAAAGCAUUCUUGGCAAAGGCCUUGGUCGGGAUAAGAACGGUGGCAUUCAGCUAGGAGAUGGCGUGUGGUGCAAGGCCGUACGCACGCUCACGGGAUCUGUGUUUUAG